CGCACCGGAAGACCGUCAGAGCGGCGCGUGCGCGCAGGGGCCCGAGCGAGGGCGAAGCCGGCGGCGCCAUGCUGUCCCCCGAAGCUGAGCAAGUGCUGCGGUACCUGGUCGAGGUGGAGGAGCUCGCCGAGGAGGUGCUGGCGGACAAGCGGCAGAUUGUGGACCUGGACACAAAGAGGAAUCAGAACCGAGAGGGCCUGAGGGCCUUGCAGAAGGAUCCCAGCCUUUCUGAAGAUGUGAUGGUUUGCUUCGGGAGCAUGUUUAUCAAGAUGCCGCACUCUCAGACAAAGGAAAUGAUCGAGAAAGACCAGGAUCAUCUGGAUAAAGAAAUAGAAACACUCCAGAAACAACUUAAAGUGAAAGUCAACCGCCUUUUUGAGGCCCAAGGCAAGCCGGAGCUGAAGGGCUUUAACUUGAACCCCCUCAACCAGGAUGAGCUUAAAGCUCUCAAGGUCAUCUUGGAAGGAUGAGACUCAAGAACCAAGAUGGGGGACCAGUUACCAGCAUCCCCCUUGGGGUCUUGGAGGCCCAGGACCCUCUAACCUUGGAACCUGCAGGGACAGGAGCAGCCUUAUGAGGGGACCAGCAUCAGGAAUGUGUCCAGGCUCCCGUGUGAAGCGUCUCUCUCUGUAGUGCUUAGCUGCUCUGUGACGGCAGAAGGGAAUUGUCAGCCUGUCCGUGUUUGCUGGACCUGGCCAGGGCUCAGUGGACACAAGACUUGCUGACAGGGCCUGGCAGCCACUGGAGGACGUGGGAGGCAGUGCCCAUGAGGGUGUGAGAAUGACUGCGGCAGGCACUUCUCCACAGUGGCCCACUGUUCACAGGGGCCCUGGACGGGAGGUGGGGCAGAGCCGGAGAGUCGUUCCAGUCUUCCUCUGUGAAGGGGGAGAGGCCUCUUCAGGCAGCUGGAAUGGAAUUGGGGUCGAGAGGAGGUUCCUGGGUGCCUCCCGUGAAGAGCAGCAUUUGGCCAUGUGGUUCACUGCAGCCACCCCAGGGGCGGGCACACCUUCCCCCACUGCCUCCACUGUCGAGAGUGGUGCUGCUUAUCAGCCCAGGGGCCCUGCAGCGUCCAGCACCAGGAUGGGCGAGUGGGCCUUGCUGUGCCACACGUGUCAAGGAUGCCCCCCACCCUCCUGAAAGGCCCGGCCAGCGCUGCGAGUCCCGUCUGCCUCCCACGGUCUGAGGGCCUAGUGUGAAUGUGCCCCAAGGGCAGAACCGUCUUGUCCUCCCUGGGGGCUCAGUAAAUUGCAGCUGGAUGAAUGAACAGUGGCACCUCAUCUUUCCUCCUUUGGUCCUUCACCGAGGGCCCACCGCUCCUUGUAGAAUACUGCCUGAGAAGGGAAGGUGGCUCUUGCCUUGAAAUGCACCUGGGACUAAACAGGCAGUCAGCAACAGUAAGUGGCAGCAUGACGAAGGCACACCUGGCCUGGGCCCUCGUCCCACCUGGCUCUGGCCAGUGGGUAUAUAGAAGCACCGGCUGGUAUGGCCAAUCCUAAGCUUUUUUAGGGAGAAGCCAGAAAUGUGGAUUGUUAAGUUGACUCUCCUGUGUUUUAAAUGUUGCUUACUAGUUCAGAAGAUGUUUAAAGAUGUGAGUGUUGUCAUACAGAACACUUCACGUGAGCCAGUUUGACCCAGACAGCAGGUUUACAUCCUCUAGAGUUUUGUGGAAACGCUGUGUUUUCCCCAUGAGAGCCCUAAGAAGAAGGGAGGUGGAACUGGAAGAAAACUGCACGUCCAUCCACAGGGACUAAAGGGAUCAGUAGCUCCAGACAGAAUAUCAUACAACUGUCAACAAGAACGAGACCAAGCUCCAGGCCACAUUAUAGUGAGAGAGACAAGCGGCAGGACACGCGACUUGCAAGCUACCUGUCAGCUGCAGGGAGCACAGGGUGGGAGGAAUGGACAUCUCACCAUAUACCCUUGGGUAACAGUUUUGAAUUUGAAACUACUGGAAUGUGUUUAUUAUUUUAAAAUGUAAAUAAAGUCAAGAGUUGCAGAAUCCA